AUGGCACCAGCUUUGGUAGUGUCCCGAGGCGGCAUGGGUGGAGGGGCUCGUGGCAUCAGUAUAGCUCGAGUUGGAGGAUUUCGCAGUAGUGGACGGUUUCUAAGAGGGUACAGUACUUUAUACUAUAAAGAAUUACUGUCCUAAAAUUAAUUGUUGAAACUCUUAAACAGUUUUAUUUCUUUUGAUUUCAGAGGAUACAGUACCAGACCGUUGGGUGGAACAACAAGGUUGUUCUUUUUUAUGUCACCUUUGGAACGCCAAACAGCUUUGUAAGUUUCAAAUUUAGUUAUCAAGUCAGUAUUAUAAAGAUGCAUGCUUGCAUUACCAUAAUAUUAAUUUCAGAACAAGGUGUAUAAGAGAAAAGAGAGCUGAAGAAAGUAACGCCACUUUGAUGCUACACAACGCCAGGAAUCUGACAGAAUCGGAAGCAGAAGCUAGUUGCAAACAAGAACUAAAUUCGCUCAAAAACCUUGAAAUAUACUUCUUCCUUUGUUUCUUCGGUCCACUAAUAUUCUCACUAUCGUUGUCUGUGAGUUGCAUUCCAAUUGCCAUAAUUCAUCAUAUGCAAAAAGAUUACUGUUAUCGACCACCGAAAAAACCACUAAUAUUAGCACCACCUUUUACUAUACCUCCGUCGGAGAUGGUUUCAAUAGCGAAUUACAUUGGACUUAGCAGAGACAAGGAAGACAAGAAAGAUGGUAAAUUUAAAGAAGAUGAUAGAAACAGUAAAAUAAUGUCAAAUCGUGCCACUUCUGAUAAAACACAAUGGGUGUCUAUAUACGAUCCAGAGAUACAAAGUCUUCUUUUAGACCAAUAUUAAACUAUUUCUUUUUAAAUGUUAAUUUAUUACCAUACCUCACUCUACCAAAAUACUUGUAAGUUUUACUAAAUUUUAAUGUAAAAUAAAAUUUAAGUUUCAAAGCUUGAAGUGACGUAAAACAAUCAGAUCUUACAGUUUCAAACUAAACAUUCACAGUGCCUCGGGGUUUUUAGUUGAAGAGACUUUAAAGUCGCAAACCCCGAAGAUAUCAUACAGUUAAAAUAUCAAGGUAGAAAAAAAAUUGUUCCAAAGCCUAAAGUAACAUAAAACUACUAUCUGCAUACUUUACUGUAAUAUUGUCGUAUAUGAAGAAAUAAUAAAUUUUUUAGAUAGGUUUAUGUGCUAUUGUAAUUAAGCUAUAGUAAAUACGUCACCUGUAAACUUCUUUUCUACCUCUCGCCUUAUAAAAGGGCAUUUUAACUUUUUUCGAAAUUCUUGUUGUUGUUUUUUAAGAAUUUGGUAAUGUUAAACAUGAAUCUAAGUUUUUCAGCAAUACCAACGAUUUUUUAUAUUAUUAUUAACGACUACUUACUCAAUAAAAGAAUGAUGUACUACAUACUUAUAUUGAUCACGAUACCUACUUUAGCACUGUCCCGAGGUGGCCGAGGAAUAGGACUUCACAAAAGUGGAAAGUUCUUAGGAGGGUACGAUAACUAUUAAAAUAAUUUUUAAAUUUAAAAUUAUAUCGAGUAUUUUGACAGUUUAAACGACUGAUUCAAAACUAAAAGUAUAUAUAAGUAUUGCUAGUUUGUGUACUUUUAGUGGCUACAGUAGCCGAAGACUAGGUGGCAGUGCAUGGCCUUACAUUCUUAUGACAUCUUCAGAACGGCAAUCUGCUUUGUAAGUAUUUUGAUAACCAUUUGGGUCACAAAUCCUAUCUUUAUCAUCUUAUAUACAAUAAUAAGACCCAAUUCAGAGAAAAGUGUGUAAAAGAGACGAUAGCUGAAGAAAGUGAUGUCACUCUGAUGUUGGACAACGCCAGGAAUUUGACAGUAUCAGAAGCCGAAACGAGUUGUACUCAAGAGCAAAGUAGUGCUUAUACAGAUGAACUAACUUUUGUAAUGCUGCUAACAAUAGCAAUAAUACUAAUGAUUCUUUUUAAUCCUGGUUUGAAAGCGGUGAAUAGAUUGAAGGUUCACUGUAGCAAAUGUGGUAAUAAAAGUCAUGACCGACUUUCAUUACACCAAGAUGACUCUGCUCAAUCUAGAACUAACGUUUAG